AUGCUGGCCAUGUCCAAAUACGAGGUGCUCUUCAGUUUCGCCGAUGAUCCUCCUGAACUUGUUGUGCCGUUGUUGCACUCCAAGUAUCCUCAAUACAACCUUACAGGACUAACGGUCACAGGCAAUUUGAGCGUUUUCGAAUGGAGAGUGCUAGGCACUAUAUUACAUAUGACAUUGCCGAUCACGCCUGUUUACAUAUGUAUUUUGGCGUUACGGAGAGGUAUUGUUCGACAUUUAGUCGAUGCUGUAAUGUCUUCAAAAACGAGAAACUUGCACCGUCAGCUGCUAACGGCUCUUACCUGGCAAGCACUUUUGCCAUUGCUGUACCUCCUUGCAGUGCUUUCUUACGCUUGCGGUCAGCUUGGUAUUUAUAACCAUCCACUGCUCGAACAUUCAACAUUUAUUAUAGCUGGUUUCAUUCCCACACUCAGUCCGAUUUCUUCAUUAUACUUUGUCCGACACUAUCGUGAUCGUCUACGCUGGGUAUUUCUCCGACGUUCCUCUAUCUUGAAGGAGUCAAAUUCGAGAGAAUUCUCAACAUUGCGGGAUUCGCAAUCAUACACUCGCACUCGUACAAUGUCAUUGGGGAAAUAG